CCGGGCGGGGGCGGAGCCAGGCCGGGCCCCGACGCAGCGGCUAUGGCAGCUCCCGAGCCGCUGUCCCCCGUGGGCGGCGCGGCCGAGGACGCUCCGGAUGAGGACGAAGACGACGCGGAGGCGGAGGAGCCGGAGCCCGCGGCGGGCGCCGGCGGAGGGCGCAGCGGUAGCCUGGGUGGGCUCGGAGGCUGCGCGGCCGGGGUCGGGGUGGCCUUGGGGGGCGCGCUUACCAGGCGCGCGGUCACGCUGCGGGUGCUGCUGAAAGACGCGCUGCUGGAACCCGGAGUGGGAGUGCUGUGUAUCUAUUACCUGGGGAAGAAAUUCAUCGGGGACCUACAGCCAGAUGGCAGGAUCGUGUGGCAAGAGACUGGGCAAGUGUUCAACUCGCCCAGUGCCUGGGCUACUCACUGCAAGAAACUGGUCAACCCAGCCAAGAAGUCUGGCUGUGGCUGGGCCUCCGUCAAGUACAAGGGACAGAAACUGGAUAAGUACAAAGCUGCCUGGCUCCGACGGCAUCAGCUCCAUGUGCCAGUGGCUGCUGCUGAGGAGAGUCCUGCCAGCGAAGGGGAGGAGGAGGAGCUGAUAGAGGAUGAGGAGGAAGAUGUGCUGGCUGGAGUCUCAGCAGAAGACAAGACUCGGAGACAUCCCGGGAAGGGCCCCUUGGAGACUGUGCACCCAGAGGCCACACCCCCGGGAAAGCCUGUGGACAGUAAAGUCCAAGUGCCAGUCCGAUAUUGCAUGUUGGGCAGUCGGGACUCUGCCAGGAACCCCCACACCUUGGUGGAAGUAACCAGCUUUGCAGCCAUCAACAAAUUCCAGCCAUUCAAUGUGGCCAUUUCCAGUAAUGUGCUGUUUCUUCUGGACUUCCACAGCCACCUGACCCGGAGUGAGGUCGUGGGCUACCUCGGGGGCCGCUGGGACAUCAACAGUCAGAUGCUCACAGUACUGCGUGCCUUUCCCUGUCGCUGCCGGCUGGGGGACGCCAACAGUGCAGCUGCUGUGGAAGAGGAGAUCUACCAGAGCCUGUUUCUUCGAGGCCUGUCCCUGGUGGGCUGGUACCAUAGCCACCCGCACAGCCCCGCACUGCCAUCCCUGCAGGACAUAGACGCACAGAUGGAAUAUCAAUUACGGCUGCAGGGCUCAAGCAACGGGUUCCAACCAUGCCUGGCUCUGCUGUGCUGUGAGGCCCCAUCCCCAUACUACUCUGGCAACCCGGGCCCUGAGUCCAAGAUCUCACCUUUCUGGGUGACCCCUCCCCCUGAGCAGAGACCCAGUGAUUAUAGCGUUCCCAUGGCUGUAGAGAUGGCCUACGUCCAAGACAGCUUCCUGACCAAUGAUGUGGUACACGAGAUGAUGCAGCUGGUGGAGUUUUACAAGGGUGCCCCGGACCUUGUGAGGUUCCAAGAGGCCUGGAGCCCCGAGCUCAGCUAUCUGGACAAGCUCAAGAUGUCCCUGGCCAGCCGGACCCCGAAGGACCAGGGCGUGUGCCACGUACUGGAGCAGGUGUGCAGUGUGCUCAAGCAGGUGACCUGAUGCCUGCGGGCCUGUCACCCUACAGUCCAGGGACCCGGAGGCCCCGAGCUGUGCACUGUUAUUCUACCCAAGUCCCAGGCUGGGUAAUAAAAUGUCAAAGUGGCCAGCA